UUGGACCAUGCGUUAAGUGACUAUUUGAUGUUACGUAGUAACUAGUUCUUAAUCUGUGAUUUGAUGAGCGAUGGCUAUUGGCUAGUGUCUAUUUUAUAGGUUUACGGUUAAUUACACUGGUAUUUUUCUAUACCUACGACAACAAUUUGUUAAAAUACAAUAUACAGCCUCUUUAACACUAAGUUAUAAAUGUGAAUAAGUUUAAUUCAAAUGACGUGUCAAGUGACAAGAGGUUUUCAAAAUCUACCUUCAUUGAAGGAUUGAAAUACCAGAAGCAGAGUUGCAAGUUUUUAAUAAUAAUUCCACAGCAUCAAAUUGUUCUACCAUCGAAAUGUCUAAUAAACUUCAAGAACUUAAACUUGAUGAGAUUUUUUGGAAAUCUAUAAAAGAAGUUGGGCUCGACUUGGAUUAUGCUGUCGCAAUACCAAAAUCAAUUGCAUCGGCAAUUCUUCAAGAACUUGAGAAUUCAUUGGAAUACUUUAAGGGUGAUUUAUCGAAAAUCAAAGUAUUCGGUAAAAUAUAUCCUUUACCUAGACAACAAGUCGCUUAUGGGGAUCCGGGUAUAACUUAUACUUAUUCUAACCUAACCGUGCCCGCCCUGCCGUGGCCUGAACCUAUUCUAGCCUUAAGAAAUUUUCUUUUCAAAUUAAAAGGCAUAAAAUACAAUUUUGUUUUAGUUAAUAAGUAUCGAGACGGCAAUGAUCACAUGGGAGAACACAGAGACAACGAACCCGAGCUUGACCGAAAUAUUCCAAUAGCUUCAAUAUCUUUUGGACAGGAGAGGAUUUUUAUUCUCAAACAUAAAGAAGCACGAAAACCCGGUCCAAACAGAAAACAAAUUGCUCCAGUUACAAUAAAUCUGGAGCAUGGAAGUGUUUUGUUUAUGAAUCCGCCCACUAAUGAUAUCUGGUACCAUAGUUUACCGAAGAGAAAGAAAAUGUUGGGAAUAAGAAUAAAUUUAACAUUUCGAAAGAUUCUUAAUAAACCCUAACAAAGUAAAUGUACAAUGUAUUUGGCAUUUUAUUAAGAAAC